AAUGUAGAAACAAUGAAGCAAAAACCCUAGAAAAGAAGGAAGAUACAAACAAACAAUUACAAGCCGCCGGCGAUCAAAUCGGUUAUCAGAUUUGCCUGAACCCAUUAUCCAUGACAUCCUCCUAUCCCUUCCUCUAUCGGAUGCAAUCAGCACGAAAUCGUUAUCGAGGCAGUGGCGGCAUAGCAUUUGGCCUUCUUGCCCCGCCCUCUAUUUCGACGAGUACUCCUGCCCUGUCCUCUACUUCGACGAAUACUCCUUCGGAGCAAACUAUUUCCAGUAUUGCACCGGAGACGAUAAAAAUAGAAGAAGGUUCACAAAGUUCUUGCUUGAAUAUUUACAAAAGCAAAAGGAGGGUCGUUCCAUCAAUCAUCGUGGCAUUGAUAAGUUCGGCAUCCGGAUGGCCUUGUUAGGGAAGAAAUCAGAUCCCGUCGUCGACGGGUGGUUGAACUUUGCCGUCGAAAACAACGUCAAGGAGCUGGAUCUAAGGAUAAGGAGAGUCCUGUGUCAAUGUUUCAACAGGUACAGGUUAGGCGAUUCUGUUUUCGCCUGUCGUUCGUGUUGCACAUAGAUUAUUGCGCGGUCCCCCUAGAUUGUGUUUUCGAUCUUCCGUCCCUGAAAAAGCUGACGCUGAGCGACGCGAAGACCACGGAGGACGUAUUCCUCCGUCUUAUCGGAGGAUGUCCCUUGGUUGAGGACCUCUGUGUACAGUUCUGCAAAGGACCGUACACAAUGAAGGUAACGGCUCCGAAUCUCAAGUCACUGAAACUGAACAUCACCGAUGUUAAUCAGUUAUCCGUCGGAUUCACGAGUCUUGAAUCUGUCGAAAUCAGCGGCCAUCUCAAAUUGUCGCUGAAACUUGACUUCGCCUCUAUUGGGAGGACACUCAGAGAAGUGAAAUUGAAGAAUUUGUUCAUCACUGAUAAUCUUCUGAUAAAUCUAAUUGAUGGGUCUCCAAUGCUGGAGAGUUUGGUUCUGGAAGGGUGCAUAGGAUUGUAUAGUGUCAGGGUUAGUCAAAACAUAAAGAGAUUUUGCAUGUUUAGAUGCAGGGGAGUAGUUGAGGCAAAGGUUUUUUCUUCUAAUCUCAAGUCAUUGGAGUAUUCUGGACAUGUGAAGAUUUCUAUCUGUUGCUGGGAUAAUUUGAGAUUAGCUGAAGUUAAGAUUAGUUUAGACCCACCCACGGAGCUUAGUUCUGAGUGGUUCUUUAGAUUGAAGAAACUGCUAAAAGGGUUUGUCAAGUCCAAGGUUUUAACUCUUGUCUGCCCAUCAGAUCAGGUCAUAAUUUUUCCUGGAGCAUUGUGGCAAAAUUUGUUGCCUCCACUGCAUGAUCUAAAGCAUUUGAGGCUAGAGAUAAGCACAUUGUCAACUACUUGUUCAGCAAUUGUGGAUGGCUUGAUAUGGCUAUUCCCUGGCUUAGAGACUCUAACCAUAAAGUCUGGUUCCAUCAACAAGCUUAUAAAGCUCUGAAGUACUCAACAAACAAGAAGAUAUGGUGACGAUGAUGACAGAAUGAGAAAGACUGAAGGUACAACGAGUCCAUAGAAGAGACCCAAAUUUUCGCGUGGGCUAACGUUGCGAUUGAACUUUGAAGUAACAUCUUUUUUGAUCUUCAAAAAAAAAAAAAAAAGAUGUUUAAGUUUUUGCUUUUGGGGAUAUUAAUGAACUUGAAUGACCCGCAAAGAGGGUGCUCCUAUACACAAAUCUAUGGUCUUUGGUUUGUUGCUUUCCAGAUAAAAGAAAAGGAGGGAAACUUCUGAGUUCUGCUUCUCUUGAUAUAUAUACUUGUGAUUUGGAUUCUUCCAACUCAACAAUUCCGUUGUAGUCUAGUUGGUCAGGAGACUUGGCUAUUUUUUUUGGUUUCAUUUGAUCGUUUCCUCCAAAAUCAAGAGUGUCGAAGUGAGAGAGAAGAAGGGAAAGCCGUAUCAUCAUUUUUACUAUUACAGUAACGCAGGUGAUAAUAA